CCGUUUAGCAGAUCCUAAUAAUUGCGCUUUGCUAGCUGCAUACUUAUUUUCAAUCCCUGACAAAUAACUACUACUCAGCGAAGCCUGGCGAAUGAAGAAAUUGGAUGCCCUAGACGAUUGGGCGCUACCACUCUUAUUAGUGUUUUUGUUGCGUUUCUAACUAAAAUCCGACAUCAUGUCAAUGCUACAACGAUUCGAACAGCUAAAUCAAAUACCACAAUGGCAAAUUGAACGCAUCUGCGUUGAGUUAGAGAAUUUCUUCCGUUGCAAUGCAAUGCAUGGUACAACUUUACACGACGAUGCAAUUACAUUCCCAAUGGUGAUGAAUCGAUUUUUUGGAAACGAUUCGGGCGUUAGUGUGUACAUCAGGAAUGUUGUACAAGAGCAAAUGAACUCUGCAUUUUCCAUAUGCUACGAUUUUUUUUCUCCAAACGGGCCACUUUUUUGGUAUUUUAAGCGAUUGUUUGAAUCUUCAGUCCCAUUCCUCCUACCAAUCAUUCAGCUCCCGGAACAACUCCAAUCAAUACUAGCCUCUGAUACUUAUCCCGCAUUCUACAAAAAUCUAAUAGCAAAUGAUAUACCCUACUGCUUCACCCUGCAAUUGAACGCUUUUCAGUAUUUUAUGUUCAAAUUUGCCCUUUCUGGUUUGAUUUCGCACAAAAAUAUGAAUCCUCCUAUGGGAAGAGAAACGAUCGAUCGGCAAACGGAAACAUUAUACUUGGCGCUGGCAGCAGAAUACAUGUUCACCUAUUUGCCUCGUGCUCAGCCUUCUGAUAUACCGCCAUCGAAAGGGAGCAUAAAAUCACUUGUGAUUAAGUCGCCACGUCCGAUCGCCAAAACGAAAUAUCUCAACCUUGAAAAUUUGCCGUAUGUGACACCGAGACUCAUCAAUCCAGCGAUGGACAGCACGACAAAUUUAGAUGUGUGGCGAGCUGAAAGCAUAGCUUCCAUCUUCCUCGAUGUCUGGCUGAGCUACACUCCUAGUGCAGACGGGAUGUAUCUUCCAAGUGUCGAACUGCUGCGUUGCAUUCGCGUGCUUGUCAAGCAGAUACACGCAUUCAGUGGUAUUGGAUACAAUAUUGACAAUUGUCCGAUGGAAGAAUUACGCAGAGCUACAGAACUGCAAUUACGGGAACGCAUUGAGCCAUUUUUCAUGUCGCUGUUUGACAUAUGGCCACUUGACGGUAGCCUUAUUGAUUUAAUAGAGUUGUGGUUGAGCUACAUACAACCCUGGCGCUACAUGCACAAUCGUCAUCUUAGCAAAUCACCUCCCCCCAUUUGUGAGCAUGCGAUUGUACAUCGAUUCUCACGAUUCAUUGUGGCAAAUCUGCUUUCGUACACCCAACCAAUCGUGAAAUUGGUCCCAAGGCUUGCUCAGUUUGAUAUGACCUCUCCGAUAAGCAUAAAAAUAUUGACACGACUGUUGAAAGUUGUUUCUAGUCGUACGAUGCUCAAUUUUAUAAAACGCAACGAAAUCAUUCUCUACCGUUUGAAACAACAAUAUGAUAUAAGUAGUCUAACUAUCAACAUAUCGAUAUUGCCAGAAGAGGAUAAUCCUCCAAUAGACUUAGAAGAGGUAGACAUGGUUUGGUCGUUGGGUGGUUCCAAAAUGAUCGAUCCGACAAAUUAUACGCCCCUUUUCUCUAGGUCAGUGCAGUAUCAGCUAUGUCAGCUAGCGAAACGUCUAUGUUACACCAUCUCCCGUAUAAAAGGCCGUAUUCAGCUGCUAGAAGGAAAAAAGAAAAAGCACAUUACCCUUUUACCGUAUCUGUGGCAAGCGCUUGGAGGUGGACAAUCUCUCAGUCCUUAUAAAACUGCUCAGGACGACUGUUAUGUGCUAGAAUCAAUCUGCCAAUGGCUUACAGAAAUGUUUGCUAUACCGUCGUUCGAGAUGGAACCGAAUAAUGAGUUGGAACACGAGCCACCGAAUAAUUUAAUCUUCCAGCCAUCGCCCGGUUUCCUGAAUCGAAACCAACAUAUUUGCGCCCAGACACACUUAGGCGAUCCCCAAUUGCUUCCUAUCACCAACAAGGAAAUUAAAUUUCUCGUGCGUGCCUUGUAUCAUGUGAGCAUGAAAGUAAAUCUGAUUUAUCACGAUGAGCUAAGUUCGCUCUGGUAUAGCCAGAGAUGGUGGGGCUCUAUUGCCCGCUUGAUGCUGCAACCGCCCAGUUCAUACAUGGAACGCGUUCAACUAGCUAGCGGCUUGUCGACAAUGGUCGAAACAUCCGUCGGGCCACAACUAAGCUUACGAUCAUUCGCCUCGUAUGCAGCCGUUCGCAACGUGGUGGGUGCUUUCGUGGCUGGAAUCCUGCUAUUCGGCUCGCCAAUCUACGGAUUCAUUAUCUUGGUUUUACUAGCAUUCACAUUAACCUUGUUACGUUAGAUAAUGCGAUUUUGAUGCUACUUAGUAGCUAAAAUUUCUUAUCGUUAAUAUAAUCAUCCGUAAAAACCCACUACCCCCUCCUCGGGGCACAAAAUUGGACACUCAGUGAGAGGGGUGCUAAU